AUACAAGUAUAAGUCAAACCGAAGACGUGCCGGACUGGGGUGGGCUAUACAUUCCGAGCUGGAAACUUUUCACGUGCGCUCGUGUGUUUACUGGGUCAAAUCCACGUGUGUGAGCGAGCAGACCCCGCCUCUGCACGGGAGUAAGGUCCCCGCCCACGAGUUCAUAAAAGUUUAGUCUGACAGUGUCUGUGAGAAUACUUGGAGAAAUAAUCAAGUGAGUCGUGUUUGUCGCAUUAUUCCAGUGGCUCGAAGGACGAAGGCUGUUUUUACAUUGGAGCUGGUGUGAAAUCUGAAGUGAAAGAGCAACAAGGAGGCAAAAACAGACCGCUUUCAUUCAACAAGUUUGAAAUAAGGAGGAUUUUUUCUUUCGUAUUGGAGUGGACUACAGUUGACUGAAAAUAUCCUCAUCAAUGAACUGCUCCGAACAGUAUGAGCUGCAUGACUGUCUGUAGAUGGUCUGACGGGGCCACCUGCUGGCGACUCUGUGUGCUGGCAGUGGUCACAACUGGUGCCGAGGACUUGUCCUUACAUGUCUGUCUGAGUUAUGUCCAGGCAUGUACCAGUAGGAGGGCUCAGUGAGUCACUGGCUGCUCUCUGUCUUAUAAAAAGCUCCCCAGUGACAUCAGUCUGAGAUGCUCUGUAAUGCUCACUGAGGGAGCUUUAACUGCUUAGAACAAUGUGUAGAAUGAUGGCUACUCACAAGCGGAUCCUGAGCACCAUGGGGAACGGCCCCACACGGCGAAACCUGUUCGGCCCUGUCGACAGAGAGCAGCUGCAGGUGGAGUACCAGGCUGCGCUUCGCAAAGACCUGGAGGAGGCUUCGCUACGCUGGGGCUUCGACUUUGUCUCGGAUAAGCCUCUGGAGAGCAGCGAUUUCCAAUGGGAGGGCAUCCCGGGUACCAAGGUGCCACUGCUCUACCGAUCCUGUAUGCUCGGUCUGGGAAAGGCGGAAGGUCAGAGGGCAGCAGAGGUGAAGGUUUCCCCUAAAGCAGCAAAAGUGGGGCCAUCACAGAACGAGAAGGAGAACAUCCCACUCAGCCCAGAAAGACGUGUACUCAAGCUGGAAAACCUGGAGAAAACACCUGAGAAAAGGGAGAACACAGGACUCAAGAGGAAACAGACAAACAUUACAGAUUUCUAUCAGGCUAAAAGAAGAGUAGUGGGGAUGCCACGCAAAUCCGGCGAGUGAUUUCCGGUGCAGUUUGCUGAAAAAGUGCCAACCACGCAAACAGUACAACGCUCAGGAAAUACAACGUUCUGCACAGACUCUGCACAGUCACUCACCAGGAGGUCAAAAACAGAAGGGGACCUCCAGCUACACACAGGCAUCAUUACUAUAAGGUUAAUUAGGGUACUGUAUUCACUCUGAGGGGGUUGGUGUUUUCCCACGUGGUAAGAAGGGGGACAUCCGAGCAGAGAAGAUUAACGGUAAUCUCUCGAAUCAGUGGAUUUAUACUCAUUUGGAUCAAGGGGAUGCCAAAGUGUCGACUAACAUUUCCUACUGUACAUUCCACAGUGCUGAAAACGCGGUCACGUCCCUGCGUCUGGACAUCUCCGCUUUGUAGAGACUCUGUGCCUCUUGCAGUGCCGAGAUACCACGGACAAACACAUUACUGUAUACACUUGAAACACAUGAUGUGUCGGUUUAAAAUCGUUCUGUUUUACAGGGAAAUCAAGGAAUGCCUGUGAGAAAAUGAGAGAAAAUGGUAGAGAAUGGAUGAAGCCCUUUGGCUCCUUUUGUUGAAUCCACUGUUGUGUUUUUUUUUUUACAGCGUUUUUUCUUUAUGUGUAUCAUGUGGGCAAGGAGUCAUCUUUAAGUGUUUUGGGUUUUUUUUUACAAGCACUUCCUGUCCAAAGUGUAUUAUACUUUAUAUAUCCUGAUGUACAAUCAUGUUCUAUCUACCAACAUGUGCUCAUAUGAAAAUGCUUGAAGAGUUCUGACAUCCUGUACAUGCAGUUGCUUUGCUUAGAUUAUAAAAGACAGAAGUGCCAUCAUGUCCUCUUCCAGCCCUCCCAUCGACUGCAUUUUGAUUGAUUUUCAAAGCAGAUCUCCACAAGUGCCCUGUUCAAACUCUGACAUGUGUACAGCACCAGAUUGUAGGUUAGGAGUGUAGCACAAGGUCUUUGAAACACUUAAAAAAAACACUUAUAUUUAGAUUUUUAUAUCAGAGAUUUAUCUAUAGAGUUUAAUACAGCACUGUUAAGUAGCAUUACCAUAAAAACACUGCAGUAUUGCACAUACAAAUGAUAGGUGGUGUACUCUGAACACCCAGUAUCAAGAGCCUUUUACGGCAUUUGUUUCGGUAUUUUGAAGCUCCAUAAAAGACAAUCGGUCAAAAGUGUUCUCAAAAGUAAAUGUUUUAAGCUAAAGCAAAGUGCUUUAUUCUUUUCUAUUUGAAAGCAUUAGUGCAAUUUAAUAGAAAAUGUGUUAUUAUCUGCCUCAAAGCAAAUUAUAUGUUUCUUCAUGACACUUAUUUAUGUCUAUGUAGGCAAAUCCUGCUGCUAUGGGUAAUCUGCAUGGGUGUCGAACAAGGUCACUGUAAUGCUAAUCCUUAUGAUCUGACAUGCGAAGCUAAGAUAAUGACAGCAUUACCCCAAACGAUGAAUGAAUGCACUUCUGUUUAUAGAUGCUUGUGCACAGGUGCGUCAUGUUGUUUUAUGUCAGAAACUACAAAUGAAAAAAUCUAUCCUUAUUUAUUGUGAGAUACUACGCCUUAUGUUAAUUUAGUUUUUGUUGUUUAAUUAUUAUGAGAAUUCCAAUAAAAAGAUUAAAAGAAA